CAGUCCAGCAGUUAGUGGCAAAUGAAGGCAGGCUGUGCAGCGGGGUCUCCAGGGAAUGAAUGGAUUUUCUUCAGCUCUGAUGAAAGAAACAUACGCUCUAGGAAAACAAUGUCCAACAGGGCACUGCGAAGAUCUGUCGUGCUGUCAGCGUUUGUUCUGCUGCGAGCUGUUACCGGAUUCUCUGGAGACGGGAGAGCGCUAUGGGAUAAAAAGCAUUAUGUGAGUCCGGUCAAUGCAAGUCAGCUGUUUCUCUAUGACACUUUCCCUAAAAACUUUUUCUGGGGUGUCGGGACUGGAGCAUUUCAAGUGGAAGGGAGUCGGCAGACAGACGGGCGAGGACCCUCGAUCUGGGAUCGUUUCAUCUACACGCACCUGAGAGAUGUCAACAUCACAGCCAAAUCCACCGACAGUUACGUGUUUCUGGAAAAAGACUUGUUGGCUCUGGAAUUUUUAGGAGUUUCUUUUUAUCAGUUCUCAAUCUCCUGGCCACGAUUGUUCCCCAAUGGAACAGUAGCAGCCGUGAACGCAAAAGGUCUCCAGUAUUACAACGCGCUUCUGGACUCGCUGAUACUCAGGAAUAUGGAGCCCAUCGUUACCUUAUACCAUUGGGAUUUGCCUUUGACACUACAGGAGGAAUAUGGGGGCUGGAAAAACGCAACUCUGAUAGAUCUCUUCAAUGAUUAUGCCACAUACUGCUUCCAGACCUUCGGGGACCGUGUCAAAUACUGGAUUACAAUUCACAACCCUUACCUCGUUGCUUGGCAUGGGUUUGGCACAGGUAUGCACGCGCCAGGAGAGAAGGGAAAUUUAACAGCUGUCUACACUGUGGGACACAACCUGAUCAAGGCUCAUGCGAAGGCGUGGCAUAGCUACGACGAAAACUUCCGCCCCCAUCAGAAGGGCUGGCUGUCCAUUACCUUGGGGUCCCACUGGAUGGAACCAAACCGAACAGAAAACAUGGAGGAUGUACUCAACUGCCAGCACUCCAUGGCUUCCGUGCUGGGAUGGUUCGCCAACCCCAUCCACGGGGACGGCGACUACCCUGAGUACAUGAGGACGAUGGUCGGCAUGCCCGUGCUCUCUGAGGCAGAGAAGGAGGAGGUGAGGGGCACGGCUGACUUCUUUGCCUUUUCUUUCGGGCCUAACAAUUUCAGGCCCUCGAACAUGGUGAACGCAGUGAAAAUGGGACAAAACGUGUCGCUCAACUUAAGACAGGUGCUGAACUGGAUUAAGCUAGAAUAUGACAACCCUCGGAUCUUGAUUUCAGAGAAUGGCUGGUUCACAGAUAGUUAUAUAAAGACAGAGGACACCACAGCCAUCUACAUGAUGAAGAAUUUCCUCAACCAGGUUCUUCAAGCCCUGAAGUUCGAUGACAUUCAAGUGUUUGGCUACACGGCCUGGUCCCUCCUGGAUGGCUUUGAAUGGCAGGAUGCCUACACUACUCGCCGAGGGCUGUUUUAUGUGGACUUUAAUAGUGAGCAGAAAGAAAGGAGGCCCAAGUCCUCGGCGCAUUACUACAGACAGAUCAUACGAGACAACGGUUUCCCUUUGAAAGAGUCCGUGCCAGACAUGCGGGGGCAGUUUCCCUGUGACUUCUCCUGGGGAGUCACUGAGUCUGUUCUUAAGCCAGAGUUUAUGGUUUCCUCCCCCCAGUUUACCGACCCUCACCUGUAUGUGUGGAAUGCCACGGGUAACAGACUGCUACAUCGCGUGGAAGGAGUAAGGCUAAAAACAAGACCAUCCCAGUGCACAGAUUAUGUGAGCAUCAAAAAGCGAGUGGAGAUGUUGGCCAAAAUGAAAGUCACCCACUACCAGUUUGCUCUGGACUGGGCCUCUGUCCUUCCCACUGGCAACCUGUCUGAAGUUAAUAGACAAGUGCUGAGGUACUAUAGGUGUGUGGUGAGCGAAGGACUGAAGCUGGGUGUCUCCCCCAUGGUGACGUUGUACCACCCCACCCACUCCCAUCUAGGCCUUCCAGAGCCACUCCGGAGCAGUGGGGGUUGGCUAAACACAUACACUGCCAAGGCCUUCCAGGACUAUGCGGGGCUGUGCUUCCGGGAACUGGGAGACUUGGUGAAGCUCUGGAUCACCAUCAACGAGCCUAAUAGGCUGAGUGACAUGUACAACCGCACGAGUAAUGACACCUACCGUGCAGCCCACAACCUGAUGAUCGCCCAUGCCCAGGUCUGGCGCCUCUACGACAGGCAGUAUAGGCCGGUCCAGCGUGGGGCUGUGUCGCUGUCUCUACAUUCUGACUGGGCCGAACCUGCCAACCCCUAUGUGGACUCACACUGGAAGGCAGCCGAGCGCUUCCUCCAGUUUGAGAUCGCCUGGUUCGCAGAUCCGCUCUUCAAGACUGGGGACUACCCAUUGGCCAUGAAGGAGUACAUCGCCUCCAAGAACCAGCGAGGGCUGUCCAGCUCAGUCCUGCCGCGCUUCACCCCGGAGGAGAGCAGACUGGUGAAGGGCACCAUUGACUUCUAUGCGCUGAACCACUUCACUACUAGGUUCGUGAUACAUAAGCAGCUGAACAGUAGCCGCUCUGUUGCGGACAGGGACGUCCAGUUCCUGCAGGACAUCACCCGCCUCAGCUCGCCCAGUCGCCUGGCUGUAACACCCUGGGGAGCUCGCAAGCUGCUUGGGUGGAUCCGGAGGAACUACGGGGACAAGGAUAUCUACAUCACAGCCAAUGGCAUCGAUGACCUGGCUCUGGAGAAUGAUCGGAUCCGAAAGUACUACUUGGAGAAAUAUGUCCAGGAGGCUCUGAAAGCCUACCUCAUUGACAAGGUCAAUAUCAAAGGCUAUUAUGCAUUCAAACUGACAGAAGAGAAAUCUAAGCCGAGAUUUGGAUUUUUCACAUCUGACUUCAAAGCUAAAUCCUCUGUAGAGUUUUACAGCAAGCUGAUCAGCAGCAGUGGCUUUCCUUCUGAGAUCAGUAGGCCUGCAUGUGGUCAGCCAGCAGAAGACACCGAGUGCACCAUCUGCUCAUUUUUCACUCAGAAGAAACCACUGAUCUUCUUUGGUUGUUGCUUCAUCGCCACUCUGGCUCUACUAUUGUCAAUCACCAUUUUUCAUCAUCGAAAGAGAAGAAAAUUUCGGAAAGCAAAGAACUUAGAAAAUAUACCAUUGAAGAAAGGCCAGAGUAGAGUUCUUAGCUAAACUAUCAUUUCUGACAUGGUUUAAAGAUUCACUCCAGUUCCAAAUACUGGUAACUUACAAUGUGAGAGACAGCUGUAACCAAGGUGAUGACAAUCUAUGUCUUUGCAGUGUGGUUCAAAUCCUUCCCUUCGGUAUUGACAAUCAAUCAGUGAAUGGAGUUCUUAGAGCUGAAGGCUUCAUCUUGACAGGAAUUCUGGGGAUGACCAUAAACAUGGCUAACAUGGCUUUAGGAAGUUUGAAGCAUGUUUCACAUCAUUUUUCUCUAGCUCUUUUGUAAAUAGCAAUCACUGCUCAUGGUAAAGAAAUUAAUUUUAAGCGAAGUUCUGUUGUUUUAGACUUCAUAGUUUCAAACCAUUUUGCUGUUAUUGUUUUUUGAGACAGUGUCUAUUAUGUAGCUCUGGCUGUUCUGGAAUUUACAAAGAUCCACCUGCUUUAGCCUUCUGAGUGCUGGGAUUAACCACACCCAGCUAAGAGUAUUCUUUAAACUGGACAGUUAGUGACAGAUGUUGUCACUUCUAACAAGGUGCUCUUGUUUAAAUGAGGUAGUCCACAACAGAAUUUUAUUUUAUUUUAUUUUUUGGCUUUUCGAGACAGGGUUUCUCUGUGGUUUUGGUUCCUGUCCCAGAACUAGUUCUUGUAGACCAGGCUGGCCUCGAACUCUCAGAGACCCGCCUGCCUCUGCCUCCCAAGUACUGGGAUUAAAGGCGUGCGUCACCACCGCCCUGCGUCACAACAGAAUUUUACAUGAUGCUCGUCCAUAGGCAGUUAAAGCAUAUGAUUUAAAACAUACAAAUCUUAGCUUUUCUGUUUCUUUUGUUUAUUUGUUUUUAAAGAAAAACCAGGCAUUUCUUAAACGUCUGAUUUUGUUAGCUCUCUCUUCCUGAACUUCUGUUUUGGUAGGGGGAUUUGGGGGAGAAGGUUCAAAACAGGGUAUUUUUUUUGUAGCUCUGACUGUCCUGAAACUCGGUCUGUAGACAAGGAUGGCCUUGAACUCAGAGAUCCAUCUGCCUCUGCCUCCAGAGUGCUGGAACUAAAGGCAUGCCCACCAUAUCCAGGUUGGAGUUCUGAUUUUAAAAGUAGCUUCCACAACUCAUGUCUUGGAAAGAUCACAGGAUGGACAACUAGACCAAGUGAAGAUGACGUUCACUUAGCCUUACAGCACAGCAAUUUCCAUUUUAAAAUAAACUGGCAUUACCCCUAUUGCCCUGGAGGCAAGACGAUCUGGCACACUUAGGAAUGUUAAAAGGAUGUAGAUUUUACUGAGUAAAGGGCAAAGUCCUUACCAUUAUUCCUAGAGCUUCAUAACUUCUCAUGCACUUAGGUACAGAACACAACCAGGGUAUCUGGACUGACAAAUCCAGCAUGUCAGUUUGAAUAAUUCUAUUUUACCUUUUAAGGCUAGCACUAAGUAUAUCUCAAUUUGGAUAUUUUUGUAUUUGAUCACAAACACUAGGGAUAAUUUGAAUGCGUACCCAUUCAUACCCACUAUUUCAAGUCAAUAUAUAACCAUGUUACCUAGUCACUGUUAACUCUCUCCAGGAAUUUAGACUUAGGAGUAAAUAGAAGUAGCUCUUCCAAAAAGAGACUUAGUAACAAAGCAUCCUAAAUGGUAAGGUGAUUUUAAUUGUCUUUCAGAUCUACCUAUUGUUAGGAUGUCAAGACAUAAUUAGGGCCUUUUCCCCACCCUGUAGACAGGUGUUUCUAUCCCUGGCCAUCUUAGAACUCUCUCUGUAGACCAGACUGUCUCAAACUCAGAUUCAUCUGCCUUUGCCUCCUAAAUGCUAGGAUUAAAGGCAUGCGCCACCACCGCCCAGCCACAACUGUAAUUCUUAUAAUCAUUUUCGAUCGCGUGUGCCAAAGCGAUGAGAAAUAAAGCUGCUACUGGACUAGCCGAAUCUAAGAGCAGAUGUCCGCUUUCUCCUUCUGGUUCCCACCCCCACCCCCUGCCAAUUUGAGGUUUUUCCUUUUUAAUAUGUGUACGGGUGUUUUGCCUCAUGCAUGUGUGCCCCACUUGUAUGCCUUUGUCCUUGGAAGCCAGAAGAGGCACCAGAUUCCCCGCAACUGGAGUUACAGAUGGAUGUAAGCCAACACGUUGGGGGCUGGAAGCCAAAACUGGGUCUCACUGCAUAGCUCUGGCUGGCCUGGAAUUCACUAUACAGACCAGGCUAGCCUCGAACUCCCCCUGCCUGCCUCUUUAGUAGUAAAAGAAUCUUUACUCUCUUUGAGAACUGUCUAAGGACACCCAUUGUAGUUGGCUGAGUGGCAGUCACAUAGAAAAGCUAUGGAUCACUUGGUCUUUAAAAAAACAAAAACUUCUAGAAUUGAGUAUUUUGCCUGCAUGCAUGUGCACCUGGUUCCUUUGAAAGGCAGAAGAGUACACAACUUUUCCUGGAACUGGAGUUACAAACGGCCGUGAGCCUCCACAUGGGUACUGGAAAUAAAACCUGACUCCGCUGCAAGAGCAACAAGUGCUCCUACCCACUGCGGGUCUCUACAGCCCUACUUGGGUUUUUAAGUCAUAUAAAUUCACUCAAGAAAAACUUUUAAAAAUCACCUUAUUAACUUCUUAGAAUUUAUAAACUUCUGUAUUAGUCUUGGAAAAUGCAGCAGGCAAUAGGAGUAACAGAGAACUUGGCAUCAAUCCUUAAUUCAAGCACCAAAUUUUAAGGUUUUAUUGUUUGGGUGUCGUUUUUUUUUCCCCCCGGUUUUUCAAGACAGGGUUUCUCUGUGGUUUUGGAGCCUGUCCUGGAACUAGCUCUUGUAGACCAGGCUGGUCUCGAACUCAGAGAUCCACCUGCCUCUGCCUCCCAAGUGCUGGGAUUAAAGGCGUGCGCCACCACCGCCCAGCUUGUUUGGGUGUCAUUAUAUAGACUAGGUUGGCUUCACACUGGCAGUGAUGCUCCUGCCUCUGCCUCAAGAGUGAUGGGAUUAAGGUGUGUACUACCAUGCUCAGUUCAGUUAUGGUUUCUAACUCAAUUAACAGCACUGUUUUUGUGUUUUUAAGACAGGUCUCAUAUGCAGUCCUAGUUGACCUUAAACAUCUCUCUCAGGACAACCUCCAAGUCCUGAUCCUCCUGUCUCAACUUCAAGGGUUACAGGGAUGCACCACCACAUACCCAACUAAAACCUUUACUUAAUAUGGUUCCAGGGCUGGAGAGAUGGCUCAGCAGUUAGAGCACUGCCUGCUCUUUUCCAGAUAUUCUGAGUUCAAUUCCCAGCAAUCUCAUGGUGACUCACAACUAUCUAUGAGAUCUGGUGCCCUCUUCUGGCCUGCAGGCAUACAUGCGAGAGAACACUAUAUACAUAAUAAAUUUUUAAAACUGUGUUUCCAUUAAGCUAAGAACACGUUCCUCCUUCCUAAAAUCGCCUUGCUGAGUUCCCCAAAUGUAAAGUUCCUAGCCCAAUGCUUCCUACUGCUACACUUGGGGAGCAUGUGAAGUUACCCAUUUUAAUUGAUCAUAUGAAAAUCACUAGGUCACUCCAGUGAUGAGAGAUUCUCCAAGACACAGGUUGGGGAUACGGCUCAGUGGAACUCAGUACUUUCCUAGCACACAAGAUCCUAGGUUUGACUGCUGAUACUGAAGGAUGAUUUUUUUUUUAAAGAUUAUAGUGUUCUGCCUGCAUGUAUGCCUGCACAGAAGAGGGCACCAGAUCUCAUUACAUAUGGUUGUAAGCCACCAUGUGGUUGCUGGGAGUAUAACUCAGGACCUCUGGAAGAGCAGCCAGUGCUCUUAACCUGAGUCAUUUCUCCAGCUCCCAAAUAAUUUCUUUACUUAUUAUGUAGUGUUCUGUCUGCAUAUAUGCCUGCAGGCCAGAAGAGGGUGUCAGAUCUCAUUUCAGAUGGUUGUGGACCACCGCCACCAUGUGGUUCUGGGAACUGACUCAGGACCUCCACCCAGAUAGGUCCAUAUAACUGGCAUCAACCAAGUUGUUGGUAUAGCACUGAAGGGUAAAACGGGGACUGGAGAGAUGGGUCAGCUGUUAAGAGCACUGGCUAGCAACUUUGUUUCCCAAACUGGUCAAGUAUGAGCUAAAGCUGGUCUUGAAGACUAUAUUCCCAUCCCUGUAAGGUCAGGAUCACUGACAGGCACACACCAGUCACACGAAUGUGCACUGCCAAGGCUUUGUUAACACUAGGAAAGCACUCUGCCAACUGAGCCACAACCAUCUCACAUAGCCUCAAACACUCAUCAUCUUGCCAGCGAUUACGUCUGUACAGUUUGUAGGAUUCGGCUAGGUGACAGUUAUGUGCA